AUGGCGUCACUCUCUCCAACUGCUAAUGUUCCCACUGACAAUUCAUUGGAUGCUCAUGAUGGUGCUUCUCUUGUUCCCUGUGUGCUCCAUCGCUCAGAAUCAAAUGACAGCGUAGAUCUCGGAGGAAUUGAUGGGAUUGAGGACACUCAACUCAUGACACAGGAGUCAGUGAAGAAAAACGACCAAAAGAAGACGUCGGCCACUGCUAUCGGGACCCAAGACUGUCAGGAUUCCAUAUCAAUUGUUGCCGACAGAGACAAGAUGAAUAUUCAGCUCAGAUUCAGAACGUGGGGGAAUCUACGUUUUUUUACUAUUCUGGAUUUGCGAAUCGUCAUGAGAGGUGAGUUGGAAAACUUUGAUUUUGCGGCGUUUCCAUCUCCGUCGUAUUAUGCGCCUACGACAUCCUCAACAAGGCUAUUUCCAGCGAUCCUCGCAUGCAUACUGCUCGUCGGAGUGUUAUGUCAAGAGCCAGCACUCCUGAAAGCUCCAAUUCUUGAUCGGAUGAGUUCCAACGAAGCCACUCCACUGGAGAAGGAACAAGUGUUCACUCAACUCAAGAAUAUCAUCAAUUCAGCCAAGUUUCCUUGGUACAAAUCGAAUCUUCAUAAAGUUGUCAAGGACAACGCAGGAUAUAUGAAUUCUGUUGAUGUCGGAGGUGAUGCUGGUGCAAAAGCACUUGUAGAGCUAAAAGAAACUCGCACAAAGUCGGAAAAUCCGCAGAAUGUGUUGGAUUUCUUGGAGAUAUGUUUGGAAUUCAUGAAUAAGAAUACGAUUCCGGAGACUUCGAAAUGGUGGUUCUUCAAUGAAGCAGUGAUAUUUCUGAACAGAGGAUACAAACUGGAACAGCUCAAGGAUUUAUUGAUUCGUAGAGAUUGGAUGCUACCGGUGAACGUGUUGGAGGCAUUGGAGAUCUUGUACAGAACUCCGACUGAAGUUCUUCAACCAAAUGAAAUUCCAAAGAUUCCUUCCGAGAGAGUCAAGAAUGUAUAUGUGGCACCGACUGAUCCGAUGGUUGGACCAAUCACGUUAUUAGGCUAUGGAAAGUUAAAUGAGGAUUGGGAAGCGGAUUCAUUCCUACGAAACAAGUCGAUGUUUCAAACUUUUGAAGAUGGUACGGGUGCCAGAUUCCUAUGGGGCUACUGGUAUAUUGUAAACAAUGAAGCCAAAGCAGAAAAUCUUUCGGAUAGUCUUCAAUGGGUAUUGUGGAUUAAAGAUUCGGAAAAAGAAGGGAAUGAACAAUAUCUUAAAUAUUUCAUUGAUCUUCGAGAACACGAACCCAGUGCUAGAUUGAUGGAAGCAGUGAUCGGCGCGUAUUAUUUGACGAAUGGAUCGGAAUUCGAUUCUCUUCAAAAUGUGUUUCGUGGACGUCAUUCCGAAUCGCUUCUUUACUUCAUUAAUUUACUCAAAAGAACACCUGAGCCAUUGUUCAUAAAAUUCGUCAAGAUAAUUUUGAAAUGGAAUGACACAAAGUUAUACGCAAUGAAAAAUUUUGCUUGUUCCCCGACUACAAAUCUGUGGUUCGAAAUGAGAGGAAUCCGCAUCUGCCUUCUCCUAAUCGUAUUGCCUCUCAUGGCCCUUCAACAAUCAUCGAAUCAACACAGUUUUAUUGAUCAGAUGAGCAACAGUCCAACUACAUCGUAUGAGAAGUAUCUGGUGUUCACCGAGUUGAAAACUAUCGUCAAUCAUGCGGAGGCUGAGCAAAGUUACUUGUACAAUCUGAACGAAGUUGUUCGAAAGGGUGAGAUAUACGCGAAUGCCAGUGAAAUUGGAGGCGAAAUCGGUGCGAACGCUGUCGAAAACCUGAAACUAGCAUAUCGGAGCUCCAAGGAUCCAGACAGUUUUAUCAGUUUUCUGAGUACAUGCUUGGCAUUCAUGAAGAAAAUGAGUGUUUCAUUCAAUUGGUUGUUUUUCCAUGGAGCGAUUGAACAGAUGACGAAUGGAAAAGAUGUGUCGCAGUUUGACGGGUUGCUGAAAAGCGGAGAAUGGAAACUUCCAAAGGACGUGCUGACAAUGUUGGGAGUUCUUGAUGAGCCGACACCCGCUAUCACAGCCUCCACAAGUGCGCCAUCGACAACUGAGCCACUCGAUAAUUUUGUCGUUGGACCGAUUGGUUUGCUAGGUUUCGCCAGACUAAACAAUCACUGGAAUAAUGAAUCAUUAUCAUCGUUUCAUGAAAUGUUGAGAGAUAACAGCAGUAAAUAUGAUAUGCUUUUCUUCCAUUCCUACACUAUUCUCGAUGCAUUGGAACUGUCGAAAAAUGAUUCCAAUGAGAUUUAUGUGGUCAUGCUCUAUAUAGAUAGACUUUUGGAGGAGAAAGUUGAAGGGUUUGAUCUACAUCUUGAGACACUGCGAGACCUCAAAGAGAAUGAAUCAUUCUUCCGGAAUAUGGUAUUGCUGGGUGACUCGUAUUAUAAGACGAACGCAUCGGAAUACGAGGAAAUCAAAAGAAAGUAUUCUGAUGCUAGAUCUGGUGCACUUUUCAAUUAUUUCGACUUACUUGGAACCUUUUAUCAGAAUAGAUUCUCGUCGACUUGUGAAAUAAUUGAACGCGGCAUUUCGCAGAUCAAAAAGUUCAGUGACAACGAGUUUAAUGCUCUAUUGAAGUUUGUGAAAUUGGCAAUGAAUAUCGACAGGAAUGAACAGUAUGUUGUUGCUACAUCACUAGGCAAAUCGAUGACAGAUGAAGAAUGUUCGGAACUAUGGAAUCACUGGAAUCUGGAGGGAAGAAAGAAGGAAAUGGUAGAAGUUGUUAAGGCGAUGCAUGACAACUUUAAUUUGAACUCAUGUGGAAUUUGA